UCGAUAAAUUUCGUUUUUUCCACAGACCAAACAAAAGAGAUGAAGAUGGCGAUCGCCAUUCAACUCUUCUUCUUCCUUCUCAUCAUCCAUUCACACUCCGCUAUACCCUCCAUUCGUCUUCUCCGCCGAUCAACCUCCUUUUCCGUCACCGACUUCGGAGCCAUCGGCGACGGUCUCCACUACGACACCACUGCAAUCCAAUCCGCCAUCAACAGCUGUCCCGCGCCUUCUCGCUGCUACGUCACGUUCCCGCCUGGCACCUACCUGACCGCGACGAUCUGGCUUCGAUCUGGCGUCGUACUGGACAUCCAGCCCGGCGCCACCGUGCUCGCCGGCACGAAGAUGGAGGACUAUCCGGCGGAUUCGUCGAGGUGGUUCGCGGUGGUGGCGGAGAACGCGAGCGACGUUGGGAUCAGCGGGGGAGGGACGGUGGACGGACAGGGGCUGAAGUUUGUAGAGAAGUUUGAUAAAAGGAAGAAUGUGAUGGUGAGUUGGAACAAAACUGGAGCGUGUUAUGGCGAUGAGUGUAGGCCGGAUUUAGUUGGGUUCAUCGGCUCCAAUAAGGUUAGGGUUUCCAAUGUUAGCUUCAAUCAACCUGCUCAUUGGUGCUUGCAUCUUGUUAGAUGUGAGAACACAGUCAUUGAGGAUGUUUCAAUUUAUGGAGAUUUCGAUACGCCCAACAACGACGGGAUUGAUAUUGAGGACUCCAAUAAUACGUUGAUUACAAGGUGCAGAAUUGACACUGGGGAUGAUGCAAUCUGUCCCAAGUCAUCCAAUGGCCCUGUCUUCAACUUAACAGCCACCAACUGCUGGAUACGAACUAAAUCUUCAGCCAUUAAGCUCGGCAGCGCCAGUUGGUUUAAUUUCACUCGAAUGCUCUUUGACAAUCUCACCAUUGUUGAUUCUCAUCGAGGACUCGCGUUUCAGCUGCGCGAUGGAGGAAGUGCAAAUGAUAUUACAUUCUCAAACAUAAACAUCACCACAAGAUACUACGAUCCCUCAUGGUGGGGAAGAGCCGAGCCAAUUUACGUUACUACUUGUCCAAGAGAUCCAGGAUCAAAGGAGGGUUCAAUCUCAAACAUACGCUUCACAAACAUCACGGCAACAUCCGAAAAUGGGGUUUUCCUAUCAGGAUCGAAAUCUGGGGUUUUAAGUAACCUGAGGUUCACCAACGUGAAGCUGAGGUACAAAAGAUGGACAAAAUACGGUGGUGGUAUAGCAGACUAUAGACCAGGAUGCCAAGGGUUUGUCAAACAUGGGAUGGCAGGGAUGAUAAUGGAACACAUUGAAGGAUUGAAUUUAGAAAACGUUGAUAUGCAUUGGUUUGAUACUAAUGGAUCAUUACAAUGGAAUAAUCCUUUGGAUUUCAGACCUUCAACUGUGAAUAACAUCUCAUUUUUGAACUUUCAUUCUGGUUAUUCUAGUGGAUGAGAGUUUGUGGAUUAUUUGAAUUUAACAUUUUUUUGUUGUAAAAUGUAAAUAGAAUAGAAUAAUUGUAGUAUGCCGACUUGAGAACUUGCUGCAUGAUGGUCUGUUCUUGGACUUUGACAAUAAAAGUUGUAUUUUUCAAUUGUUGCAAA